CUAUAAAGCCACUGCUGAUCUAACGGGGUGACUAUCAUCGUCAUCAGAACGCACAAGCACAAGCACGCAGUAGCCUAGCCUAGUUAUAUUUCACCGGCGGAUAACGGACACGGGACAGGACACUCGUCGUCACAAUGGAGUUCUUCUCAGGGCUGGUGGUGUUGGCUCUAAUGGUUUCAGUUGGUGCUGAAGGUGGCGUCGGCCCCAGCAACAACUCCAGUUUCUGCUCCGAGUCAAAGGAAUGUCUGGAGUAUGAGCUGGUGUGCAAAACAGACGAAUAUGAGGUCCGUCACUACAGUCCCACUCGUUGGGUGUCUACGGAUGCGGAGGCCUACUUCAUGGGGGUGGGAGCAGCCAUGGCCUUCAGGAGACUGUUCCAAUACAUCACUGGAGCCAACAACAGGGGUCUACAGAUGGAGAUGACUGCUCCAGUCCUGGUGAGGAUCCCUGAGGAGACCAGGAUGUGGGAACCAGCCAUCUACACCCUCAGCUUCCUGCUUCCAGCAGCCUAUCAGGAGAGGCCUCCCACACCCACCAAUGACAAGCUCUACUUUACGGAGAUGCCCUCUAUGGAUGUGUACGUGCGUAGCUACGGAGGCUGGAUGUUAUCAGUGACCUCCAGGCUUCAUGCUCACCUACUGACCAAGGAGCUGACCAGGGUCCAGGCUGAUUACAACCACACCUACCACUACGGAGUGGGUUACGACAGUCCUCUGAAGCUGCUGAACAGACACAACGAGGUGUGGUACGUAGCUGAGGGAGAGGCCGUCUGCUCUGACCCCCAGGAACCAACCCCACCACACACACCUACCCCCACGCACACACCCGCCUCACACACACCCAACGCCACAAACACACCCAACGCCACACACACACCCGACGCACACACACCCAACGCCACACACAACCCCCCCAGCACCAUCUCUGACUCCCCCUCAGAUCUCCCCGCCAACCGGCCACCAACCCCCUCCCAGGCCCCCGAGGUGACCCCGUCUCAGAGCCCAGUGGUCGGGGAGACCCCCUCGGCCAACAGCUCUGACCCCCAGGCGGACAACCCCUGGAACAACACUGUAGAGGCCUCCCUGGAGGACACCCCCUCUGUUAACUCUGUAGACGGCCCCACUAACCUCAACCUGGCCUAGCCCUAGAAUAUUAUAUAUGGCCCUGAACAGUAGAGGGGUAUGGAGGGGUGCUGUGGUGAUGGAGCUCAUUCAGUUAGAAGUCCAUUUGGGAUUGGGCCCUUGCCUCAGUAUUUACUGUAAUACACCACCACCCCUACUGGUGUCAUAGUGUUACUACACAUAAUAGAUUUAUUCACCUGCUGCUGACCUGCUCUCCAUGUUACCACGCUCAGCUGACCUCCUCUCCAUGUUACCACGCUCAGCUGACCUCCUCUCCAUGUUACCACAUUCAGAUGACCUGUUAUUUAUGUAUCAUAUAAAUUAAUUAAUCAAUCAACAAAUCAACAACGCUCUUGGAUCUGCUUACCAUAUCCCUCCUUCCAUAAUGAAAUGUUAGCCCUGCAUAAGAACUGUGUUGGUUUGAUAGUUGGUGUUAAGGAUACUGCUGCAGUAGAUGCUGAUAGCCAGUUAAUUAACAGACGACCAAAGAAGGAGAACCUAUAGGAUGAAAUGAGACCAGACUAUAUAGUUGUAGAUGGUAGAACAGAAGACAAUAUGAUAGAACAACAGUAUUGUAGAUCUAACCCUGGCCAAUGGCAGUGCUGUAGAUCUAACCCUGGCCAAUGGUAGUGCUGUAGAUCUAACCCUGGCCAAUGGCAGUGCUGUAGAUCUAACCCUGGCCAAUGGCAGUGCUGUAGAUCUGGCCAAUGGCAGUGCUGUAGAUCUAACCCUGGCCAAUGGCAGUGCUGUAGAUCUAACCCUGGCCAAUGGCAGUGCUGUAGAUCUAACCCUGGCCAAUGGCAGUGCUGUAGAUCUAACCCUGGCCAAUGGCAGUGCUGUAGAUCUAACCCUGGCCAAUGGCAGUGCUGUAGAUCUAACCCUGGCCAAUGGCAGUGCUGUAGAUCUAACCCUGGCCAAUGGCAGUGCUGUAGAUCUAACCCUGGCCAAUGGCAGUGCUGUAGAUCUAACCCUGGCCAAUGGCAGUGCUGUAGAUCUAACCCUGGCCAAUGGCAGUGCUGUAGCAGUAUGGAAGCUUUAUUCUCCUGUAUCAUUAUUUAUUGUUUACAGAUAGACUGAUUUAUUUCUGUCCCACGGACUAGACUCAUUGUCGUCUCAAUUAUGUAUUUAUCUGUAAUGAUUUAUACAUUUAUUCUGUGUAGUUUGCGAGCCGCCUUUACAUUCAGCUUGAUAUCAGUCGGUAGUGUGUAAUUACUCACCAUGGUGUCUAUAUGAUUCUAUGGUGUGUGUGAGAAUGCUUAACUUGUAUCAUUAGUAAAAUAGUAGAAAUGUAACAAUUAAAAGUGAUUGACUGAUGUUUAAUCUGUAGUUGUACCUGAGAGGGUUUCUGUUAGUGUGGUUGUGAUAUCUGUCAAAUCCUGAGGAUGGCGCAAUAAAACACUAAAACAAA